CUGGCGCAGAAGUACGACCCCCAGCGGGAGCAGGAGCUGCGGCAGUGGAUCGAGGAGACGACUGGGAAGCGCAUCGGAGAAAGCUUCAUGGAGAGCUUGAAGGACGGAGUCAUCCUCUGCGAACUCAUCAACAAACUCCAGCCCGGAUCUGUGCGGAAGGUGAAUGAGUCCACCCAGAACUGGCACCAGCUGGAGAACAUCGGCAACUUCCUCAAGGCCAUCACCAGAUACGGGGUGAAGCCCCACGACAUCUUCGAAGCAAACGACCUCUUUGAGAACACGAACCACACCCAGGUCCAGUCCACCCUGAUCGCUCUCGCCAGCAUGGCCAAGACCAAAGGCAACAAGGUGAACAUGGGGGUGAAAUACGCAGAGAAGCACCUGCGCAAAUUCCAGCCGGAGAAGUUGAAAGAAGGACGGAACGUCAUCGGACUGCAGAUGGGUACCAACAAGUUUGCCAGCCAGCAAGGCAUGACUGCGUACGGCACACGUCGGCACCUGUACGACCCCAAGUUGGGCACAGAUCAGCCCCUGGAUCAAGCCACAAUUAGUCUACAAAUGGGCACCAACAAAGGGGCCAGCCAGGCUGGCAUGACCGCUCCCGGAACCAAGCGGCAGAUCUUUGAGCCUUCGCUGGGCAUGGAGCACUGCGACUCCCAGAACGUCUCUCUGCAGAUGGGGAGCAACAAAGGGGCCUCGCAGCAGGGCAUGACUGUCUACGGGCUGCCUCGCCAGGUCUACGACUCCAAGUACUGCCUCACGCCCAACUACGCCGUCAUCGGAGACGAGGAGGGCCAGUACAACCACAGCCAACACAACUUCUACAACUCGGAAUAGGCGGCUGGGAACGAGGGACAGAACCACAGCGACAAGAGGCCCCCGGCGCCACAGCCGUGCCCCUCUAAGCAGAAGACCCUCCCCCCAAAACCAAGCGGUGAUCCUAGGCCGGGAAUUACAAGAGAAGCCAGACGGCUCCCUAAAAUGCAAACUGGCUCGCUAGAGGCGCCUCCAAGCCUGUGCCAAAGCCAGGCCUCGCCGUCGCCGCCGCCACCACUGAACAUUAAAUGCUUCACCUUUGAUACCUCGCACGCUUUUAACUAAACAGUCACCCACCACGGCAGCUUUUUAAGAUGGCAACUGAUGUGGCUCAAAGCUCUCGGGACAGGAGGUCGCAGCGGAAUCAGCCAAAGUGAGGCGGGAGACGUGGAAACGUGGGAUGGAGAAGAACGCUUGACGAUUCCACCCCAGGACAGGAGCCAAGCCUCACUGACGGCUCGCUUGGGGUCUGAGCGGCAGGAGCAGGUAGCGGGAGGCUCUGCCCCUCUCGGAGAACCACACUCGGGC